UUAGAAGUUAGUAGGGCUCUUUUUUUUCUUAUUUUUUUCUCAGAAGUACUGAGUUAGGUAGGAGGAUUUAGAAAUGUGGAGCUAAUGUUGUGAUUGACCAGACACUCCAGCACAAUAGGUGGUUGCCAACACCUUUUAACGUCUGUUUGCGGACCCCCGUUAUAUCAUAGAAGAAUAACAAGCCCGUCUUGAGUUCUUAUUAUGUUCUUGAACACAGCUCAUAUUCUGUGUUUACAUUGGCGAAGUCUCCUCCCCCCCACCCUGUCUUUCAAGUGGACGUUUUCCAAGUCUUUUCAACAAGUGGUUAGAUGGAGAGAAAAAAUAUAUCAAGUGCUUAUAGUUAGUUAGCUCGUAGAUUUAUCAAAAGCAGAGAGGGUAGACACUUUUUUUUGUCGAUGUGCACAAGAGUAACUAACUUAACUAGCGAACUAACGUUAAGUAGCUCAAUCUAGUCAAGUAAUUUAGUCAACAAACAUUCAACACUGAAAGUAAACAUUUUGAUUUCCUUGCUCAAAUAUGGGGAUGUGUUUACCGUGCCAUGGUGGAUCUGGAAACGACUUGUCCCCCACACCAGAUCGAGAGACAAGGAGACGUCAGCUGGCAGAGACAGCCGAGCAGAGACAGAAAGAGAAAUUCUUCAGUCAAAGCCAAUUGUAUCCAACCCAUAAAGCAUGUCGGCCUACUAAAGCAUCGAGGAAGUCUGGCUGCUCUGCCCAAUGGCGAGCACUAUCCUCUCUCAGGAAGUCUGGCUGCUCUGCCCAAUGGUGAGCACUAUCCUCUCUCAGGAAGUCUGACAUCUGGCUGCUCUAGCCAAUGGCGAGCACUAUCCUCUCUCAGGAAGUCUGGCUGCUCUGCCCAAUGGUGAGCACUAUCCUCUCUCAGGAAGUGUGACAUCUGGCUGCUCUAGCCAAUGGCGAGCACUAUCCUCUUUCAGGAAGUCUGACAUCUGGCUGCUCUGUCCAAUGGCGAGCACUAUCCUCUCUCAGGAAGUCUGGCUG